UAUAUUAGCUUAGAUCCUCCUCCAUUGAGGCUGUUCUAGACGACUAGACCUCAUUAUUAAAAAAAAUUCUGAGGACUAUAAUCAAUCAUACAAGUGUAUAUGGAUUUUUUGUUUGGUAAUAAAAAAAUAGUUAUAAUUUUACUACGAUUUUAUGUUAUUUUCUAUUUGAUAGAAUUUGAAGUAUAUAUUUGCAUUCAAAUACAAGUUUGAGUUAUUUUAGUAAAUCCCCCAUUUAUAGAAGUAACUGAGAAAUUCAACUCUGCAACGUAUUGGCGAAUACAUAUUACCCUUUGGAAUCCCCGCAUUAUAUCCCCGCAUACACAUCCUUUGGAAUCCCUCAACAAUGUCGGAACUAAGACUGGAUGGCAAGAUCGUAAUUAUAACAGGCGGAGCCAGCGGUAUCGGAGCCGAGGCGGCUAGGCUAUUCACCGACCACGGAGCUAAAGUGGUCAUAGUCGAUAUACAAGAGGAGCUAGGCCAAAACGUCGCCGUUUCCAUCGGGAAAGAGAGAGCCAGUUUCUACCGUUGCGACGUAACAGAGGAGACAGAAGUGGAGAACGCCGUCAAGUUCACCGUCGAGAAGCACGGAAAGCUCGACGUUCUUUUCAGCAACGCCGGCGUCUUGGACCCGCGGGGAAGCAUCCUCGACUUGGAUCUUGACCGGUUCGACCGCAUAAUGGCGGUUAACGUGCGCGGCGCGGCUGCGUUUAUCAAACACGCGGCACGUGCGAUGGUGGAGAAAGGCACGCGUGGGUCUAUCGUGUGUACCACGAGCGUGUCGUCGGAGAUUGGUGGUGGGAGACGUCACGGGUACACGGCGUCUAAACAUGGACUGCUCGGGCUGAUCAGAACGGCGUGUGGGGAGCUGGGGAAGUAUGGGAUUAGAGUCAACGGUGUGGCACCGUACGCGCUCGCGACGCCGUUGACUAGCCACGACGAGGAAACGGCGAGGCAGGUGGAGGAAGAAUUUGCGGCCAAGGGGGUGCUCAAGGGUGUGGUGCUUAACGCUCGCCACGUGGCGCAAGUGGCUCUGUUUUUGGCUUCUGAUGAGUCGGUUUAUGUCAGUGGUCAGAAUUUGGCGGUGGAUGGAGGUUAUAGUAUGUGUCGUUCAGGCAAUGUUCAAAUUUAGAGAAACAUUAAUAAUUGAAUCAGUCAAAAAAAAGAUAAUAAUUGAACGUCAAAACUUUUGUCAUUUUCCUCUUUUUUUCUGCUGUAAUAAUAACUGAUAUGAUUGGGAAUAAGAGUAUGAAAUCAUAAUAAUAGACUAACA